AUUAAAAUCAUCAUUUAAGUUUAUACAUAAAACAAGCCAAUUUACACAGAGAAUCUUGAUUUGCAUGCAGAGCAAAUAAAGCCACCACCUAAAAUUUGAAAGGGUGUUGAUCAAAUAAUCAAUCCACCUUCAAGGACACCCCGUAUAACUCCAUUUGCAGAGCAUUGGUUUUCAAGGGUGGGAUACUUAUAAUGGCGUUUAAUUGGGUGGUUUGUGUUAAAAUUACCCUCUUAAUCAUCCUUAUUGCCGCCAUUAUAGUCGCUUGUUUCACUCUCCCUGUUGAAAAGAUUUUGAAGGAGUUCCUUGUAUGGAUAAAGCAUGAUCUUGGCAAUUGGGGUCCUCUAGUGCUGGCAGUUGCCUAUAUUCCUCUAACGAUUUUGGCAGUUCCAGCAGCAGUACUCUCCCUAGGUGGUGGCUAUCUUUUCGGAUUGACUGUGGGUUUCUGUGCUGACUCUAUCGGUGCCACUGCUGGUGCAACUGUCGCGUUCCUUCUUGGGAAAACAAUUGCAAGGUCAUUUGUCGUUUCCAAGUCAAAGGAUUAUCCACAAUUACAAGCAGUUUCACUUGCCAUCGAGAAAUCUGGAUUUAAGAUUGUCGUGCUUCUCCGGCUUGUUCCUUUACUCCCGUUUAGCAUGUUGAAUUACCUAUUAUCAGUGACACCGAUUCCGUUAGGAAAGUACAUGGUUGCUUCGUGGGUCGGAAUGAUGCCAAUGACUCUUGCUCUAGUGUAUAUUGGAACAACUUUGAAAAAUAUUUCUGAUGUAACUGAAUGGCAUGAGUUCUCUAAUACUCGCUGGGCAUUCCUUAUUUUGGGCGUUGUAUUGUCUGUGGUUCUAACAAUAUGUAUAACUAAAGUUGCCAAGUCUGCUCUGGACAAAGCAUUGAUGGAAUCAGAUAUGGACAGUCUAGGAGAAGAAUCCUCUAAAGGUGAAUCUCCUGUGAGUCUCCAGCGGCCGAUACUAGUUAAGGUAGAUUCCUCAGAUGGACAACCAUCGUGAAAAUCGAAACCGGAUGUGUAAAUAUUAUGGACAGAAUUAGACAAACAAAACUCAGUUUUUAUACUUGCCACUUGCCAUCUGUGGAGGUCUGAUGGUUGUCUGUUUGUAAGACUCUAAAUUGUAAUUUAUUUAUUUAUUUUUUUGACAAAUAUGGCUUAUAGCUUUGCAAAUUAG